AGUAAAAGGACUGGCAGGCUCACUCCAAACCUCACAGUCUCUCAGCACAGGACCCAACCAACACUCGCUCCUCACACUCCGCCAACCACACAACACAGCAAGAUGGUGUCCAGACAGACCAUGGGAGCGGCUUUCGUGGCUCUCCUCUGCACCUCCCUCGUCACCUCGACCAUCGCCGCCUCCAUGGACGCCCAGGAGGUGCUCGAAGGCCGCAAAUUCGUCACCAAGUCCAACAACGUGAAGAAGAACCCCGAACUCAGGGCGCAGUCACAGCCCCAGAAUCGCCCCAACCAACCACCCGCAGCCCCAGCCAAGACGGAGGUGGCUAACGAUGGAGGCUUCCAGUGGGGCAACAUCUUCAACGUGGUCAUGCAGGUGCUCUUUGGUGGUCCCGUCAACGGCCCCGACGGCUCCUCCGACAAGAUGGACUACAUCACCCAACUGACCCUCGAUCCCGGCAUCAGCAUCUCUUCCUUUGCCUCUACCAUCCCCUUCCCUCUGCAGACUGGCGAAUUCUCCUGGGCCAAGAUGGUGUCCCUCGGCGUGCAGAUGGUCCUCAAUGUUUUGGGUGGUGGAGACAACGCCGCUAUUGACAAGAUGGACUCCGGCUCCCCCGUUGAGGGCAUCCUGACUGCCGUGAUCUCCUACCUGACCGGCUCCAACAACCCCGAGGAAGUGGGCGUUAUGGCUAAGCAGGCCUCUGAGCUCUUCGGCCUCGUGGUGACCCUCCUCGACGCCCUCCGCACCAGCUUCUCCGAGCGCUCCUUCCAGGCCCGCAGCAUGGGCUCCUCCGACCCUGUUGCCGAUGCCGCCGUUGCCGCCACCACCAUGGUCAAGACCUACAUCAAGACCUACGAGACCGAGGACGACAUUUGCAUGCAGAAGUACCUGUGCGAGGCCAACACUGACUGUGUCCUCGGCACCGGCGACACCGGCUACCUCUUCUGCCAGAUCGGAACAUACGGCAUGAGCUACCUGCUUGAGCGCUCCACCUACACCCCCUUCGAGAUCUUCAACGAUGCCGGCAGGCGAGGCCGCGUCGGGGAGAACUGCAAGGCCGUGUUCAGCGAAUGCAACCAUGUCUAAGGCGGCACCCCGGGAACAUACUGGUGUUAUGAGGGCGCUCUGAGGCCUCUGAAGGGCGCCCCGGCAAGGUAUUCUUACGCAACGUCCAUGUAGGUGUGACGGAAAGGUGAUAUCUAUUUGUAGUGUAUUCAUAGGUGGUCUAACUGCUUACAAUAGACGAGGGUUUACGACAGAGCAUUCUAGCGCCAUCACAGGGAGUUCAAACCCCCGUCCAACCCUAUACAGUUGUAUCCAUAUGUUUCACAGGCCGUUCCAAACCGUAUAUGAUAUUAUAGGAGUAUGUUAAGCCUUCUGUAGCGCCUUGAACACGAUGAACGCUGAAUAUAUAAGCGUUUGGGGAACUAGACGCAUUCUGGAGCUUAUAGACUGAGUGCCUCGAGGUGCCGGCACUCCGCAAGGAAGCCUAUGUGGUGGCGGUGGGGAGUGGCUGUUUGGUUGUGUUCCCGAACUGACUGACUCAGAGGACCCUGGGACUGACGGAGACGCAGCCGGAGAGACACUGAACCACCCCAACUGCUGACUGAAUGGCAUGAGACUGACAUGUGGACAGUUAUUGCGCUGGUUUUCACGUUUAUUGUUAUUUAUUUCCCGCCUUUGACGCUUAAAACACUGGAUAACAUAGUGACAUUUAUUUAAGACUUGAGGCAUUGAGGUCUUAGUGAGCGAAUGAAAGAAAGUGAAAGAAUAAGCAAAAAAUAUUAAAUUUUAGGUCAAUUCCUUGCUACUAUCACUACUGUUAGUACUUAGGUUCAUCAAGUUAUCCUAGAAUUGUGUACGUGUAUCAAGAAUGUUUCAAGGCAUGGCAGUAGCCUCCUAUUGAACGCUGUGUAUUCAGGUAGCUAACAGACCGCAUCGUAGGCUAGUAUUUAUGUAACUCCAACCCCCCCCCACAACCCAUCCAUAGCCCCAAUAGGCCCAUACCACAAACCCCUCCUCCGCCUCCCCUUCCUCCUCCUCCCGCCCGUGUUGCUGUCCACUGACCCCCAACCUUGGAUGCUGACGGUAGGCUGACUUGUGAUGACUCGUGCUGACUCUAGAGAGGGCUGGGGGUUAGCAGACACACACGGCAGGGUUUGGUGUAGGCUGACAAUGAGGGGUCCCACUGAAAUGACCGCCCUGUCGGCCUCACCCGUCUCUCACCCUGCUCCCAGUGAUACCAAAAACCAUGUUGUUGCUGUUGUUGUUAUGUUGUUAUUCAUUGUUAGACCCGUUCACCCUGGAGGCUUGUGUAUGUUGCUGUUAAAGGAUAUUCAGUUUUUCUUUUCAAAACAUUUUAAAAGUUUUUGCAUCUUGAUAGUAAAUGAAAGAAAGACUAGUUGAUUCACGGCUAAAUUCUCAUAUUAAGUUAGGUAUUAAAGUUUUCUUAGUAAUGGAGACCUUAGAAACGAACUUCAGCCUAUUUUUUUACGUAUAUAUACUAAUGAUUGGUUUAAUACGUGCAUACAAAGUGUUUGGAUAUUGUUUUGAAGCCAGUGACAAACCGAGUCUCCAGGGUAUUAACAGCACCCAACACCCCCUCCCCCCUCACCUUGACAUGUUGCUGCUCCCCCACCCCCCACACGACCCCCUACACCCCCAGUACCUGACUCACCCCCCCCCCGUAACCCCCCACCACCACACCUGUAGCAACACACACACACACACACACACACUGUUUACUUUCAUUAUUUAUUUAUUAUUUACUAAGUGUUAAGUUUGACCAUAAUCGUUCCCGCUGGCGGGCCAAAACAGGAACAGUAAAAAACAUACAAAAAAAAAAUAAUAAAUACAUAUAUAUAGUGUUUAAAGGCAAUAUAUAUAUCUACGAAGUCUUAAGGAUGACUGUGACUGGACCAUCUGCCUGACUACCCCCCGACUACCCCACCCCCCACCACGACCCCAUCCACCACCUGUGACGACCCCCUCCUCAGCCUAAUUAACCUGCAGGAGGGUGAUUAGCAACACUCGCAACACCUGUAUCACCUUGUUCUCACGUGCCCUGCUGGAUUCAGGUGCUCGGUGGUCAAACAAAAGACAGGUGAUGCGACUUACCUGGUGGUGGUGCGGGUGGUGGUGACGGUGUGUGGUGGUGAUGGGGAGGGGGUGAGGGGGAGCAGGAGGGGAGUCAGCAGGCCUGGACUCCCCUCCCCUCCCCUCCCUUCCCCCCCUCCCCCCAUCAGCAGCGACGGACUGUAUUACUACCCUACUUUUGAGGCAAUAAAUUCAUGUGUUACGUGA